AUGGUUCAGAACAAGUCUGCUGUCUUCUUGAAGUACCCUACCGAGUACCCCGUCCCCGGCGAGCACAUGGAGAUCCAAUCCAAGGAGCUCACCGUUGAACUCAGGGACAACGAUGUCCUCCUCCGCAACCUUUACUUCUCCCUCGACCCCUACAUGCGCGCAAGGAUGAGAAAUGUAAAGUCGUACGUCCCCGGAUUCCAGGUCGGCGAGGCCAUGUCAGGCUACGGAAUCUCCGAGGUCAUUGAAUCCAAGAACGAGGCUUUCCCUGUCGGAGCCAUUGUCAGCGGAUUCAUCGGUUGGCAGGAGUACUCUGUCAUCCCUGGUGCCUCUGGACUUCGUAUCCUCCCCGGUGCUCGCGAGUCCCCCAUUCCCCUCUCUACCCACCUUGGCGCCCUUGGCAUGCCCGGAUUGACGGCGUAUGCGUCGCUCAAGAUCAUCGGCCAGCCCAAAGCCGGUGAAACCAUCUUUGUCUCCGCCGCCUCAGGAGCAGUCGGCCAACUCGUCGGUCAGAUGGCCAAGAAACUCGGUCUUCGCGUUGUCGGCUCUGCCGGUUCCGACGAUAAGGUCGACUACCUCCUCAAGGAGUUGAAGUUCGACGCCGCCUUCAACUACAAGAAGAACGGCACCAUCCUCGAGAACCUCAAGCGUGCCGCUCCCGAGGGAAUCGACAUCUACUACGAGAACGUCGGAGGAGAGACCCUCGAGGCUGCUCUGGAGGUCAUGAAGAACCAUGGCCGUGUCAUUGCCUGCGGCAUGAUCUCCCAGUAUAACACCCAGGAGCCAUAUGGUAUCCGUAACUUGUCCCAUAUUGUCUCCAAGAGGAUUACUAUGCGGGGAUUCAUUGCUAGCGAUUUUGCUGGAGAGAGUGAGGUGUUUGGAAAGGAUGUUGGAUCGUGGUUGAUCAACAAGGAGAUUAUUUACAGGGAGGACAUUGCUGAUGGCAUUGAUGCCUCGCCCGAGGCCUUUUUGGGUAUGUUGCAGGGCAAGAACUUUGGCAAGGCUGUCGUCAAGAUCGCUGACCUUUAA